GGGACUGUGACCGCGGGUUCCGCCGCCGUGGGAGCCCUCUGAACCCUCCGUCCAGCGGCGGCAGCAGCGGCGGGGGCGACGGCGGGCCUCCGGCGCCACCGCAAUGCUGAGCUCCCGGGCUCAGGCGGCCAUGACCGCGGCCGACAGGGCCAUCCAGCGCUUCCUGCGGACGGGGGCGGCCGUCAGAUAUAAAGUCAUGAAGAACUGGGGAGUUCUGGGUGGAAUUGCCGCUGCUCUUGCAGCAGGAAUAUACGUUAUUUGGGGUCCCAUUACAGAAAGAAAGAAGCGUAGAAAAGGGCUUGUGCCUGGCCUUGUCAAUUUAGGAAACACCUGCUUCAUGAACUCCUUGCUUCAAGGCUUGUCUGCCUGCCCUGCUUUCAUCAAGUGGCUGGAAGAUUUUACCACCCAGUACACCAGGGAUCAGAAGGAGCCCCCUCCUCAACAAUAUUUGUCCUUGACACUGUUGCACCUCCUGAAAGCUUUGUCCUGCCAAGAAGUUACUGAUGAUGAGGUCUUGGAUGCAAGCUGCUUGUUGGAUGUCUUACGAAUGUACAGAUGGCAGAUCUCUUCGUUUGAAGAACAGGACGCUCACGAAUUAUUCCAUGUCAUUACCUCGUCGCUGGAAGAUGAGCGAGACCGCCAGCCACGGGUCACACAUUUGUUUGAUGUGCAUUCCCUGGAGCAGCAGUCAGAAAUAACUCCCAAACAAAUAACCUGCCGCACAAGAGGGUCACCUCACCCCACGUCCAAUCACUGGAAGUCUCAACAUCCUUUCCAUGGAAGACUCACUAGUAAUAUGGUCUGCAAACACUGUGAACACCAGAGUCCUGUUCGAUUUGAUACUUUUGAUAGCCUUUCACUAAGUAUUCCAGCUGCCACAUGGGGUCACCCACUGACCCUGGACCACUGCCUUCACCACUUCAUCUCGUCAGAAUCGGUGCGGGAUGUCGUAUGUGACAACUGUACAAAGAUUGAAGCAAAGGGAACCUUGAGUGGGGAAAAGGUGGAACACCAGAGGACCACUUUUGUUAAACAGUUAAAACUAGGGAAGCUCCCUCAGUGUCUCUGCAUCCACCUGCAGCGGCUGAGCUGGUCCAGCCACGGCACGCCCCUGAAGCGGCACGAGCACGUGCAGUUCAAUGAAUUCCUGAUGAUGGACAUCUACAAGUACCACCUCCUGGGACAUAAACCCAGUCAGCACAACCCUAAGCCGAACGAGAACCCAGGGCCUGCGUUGGAACUGCCGGAUGGGCCAGCAGCCCCCAAACCAGUUCUGAAUCAGCCAGGGGCCCCCAAAACACAAAUUUUUAUGAAUGGCGCCUGCUCCCCAUCAUUAUUGCCGUCCCUGCCAGCUCCGGUGCCCUUCCCGCUCCCAGUCGUUCCUGACUACAGCUCAUCCACAUACCUCUUCCGGCUGAUGGCAGUUGUCGUCCACCACGGAGACAUGCACUCCGGACACUUUGUCACUUACCGACGGUCCCCGCCUUCAGCCAAGAACCCUCUCUCAACCAGCAACCAGUGGCUGUGGGUCUCCGACGACGCUGUCCGCAAGGCCAGCUUGCAGGAGGUCCUGUCCUCCAGCGCGUACCUGCUGUUCUAUGAGCGCGUGCUCUCCAGGAUGCAUCACCAGAGUCAGGAGUACAAGUCUGAAGAAUGACCGUGCCCCAGCCCCUAAGCUAGAGCUGGUGGCACUGUCAAAACUGCCCAGGACAAAAGCAGAACUGUGCUGUGUGUGCGCAAGCAGCCCCAGUAGAGCCCUUCAGCUUUCCAGUGUGUUGUAAGAGCAAGCUCCACCCGGAGCCAGUGGCCCCCACGCAUACCAAGUCAGGCUCCCCGAAUAGCUCUGCUGGCGCGCACUGGGAGGGCGUCGUGGUGGGAAAGCAUCAUUAUGUCUAGAGCGCCUUUUUAUUCAUCUGAUCCAGGUAAUUACAAGAAAGCAGAUUCCGGAAGCCACCUUUUCCACAUUGUGAUAUGUCAGGUGUUCUCCGAGGGGAGUUACCUUUGUCUAAUCCUCUGACGUUUCAGCAUAGAUCUUUUAUUUUUAAUAAGCAGGCCCAUAAAAACUGUUGACAAGAAUUAGUGAAAUUACUAAAGGCAACAAUUUAGAAGAAAAAGUGCCUUUCACUUUUGAUUGCUUUGGUAGCACAUGCACUCUGAAACGGUCCUCCCAAGUUACUCAAAGGGUAGCAAAGGGACAGGUAAAAGACGCCUAAAGAACACCUCUGUCCCCUUUUUUGUAUGCCUUUUCUAAUCUUUGGAUUCUUUCUAUGUCGUAAAGGCUCAUCUGCCAAAUCUUUCCCCUGGGGAAAUUCUUUCACUACUUUGUCAGUUGUAAGUAAAUGCUUACUUGUUGCUAUUAUCUUUUGUAUACUGGGCUAAAAGAUGUAAUGAUAGACUAUUAUAAAACUCUAUGAAUAGCCAGAAUUGAGCAGUAUCCAUGCCAGACCUCUGAUUCCUCCGCUCUGUAGAAAACUGUUAUACAAGGAUCCACUGUGGACAGUUAUUAUCACCUAUUUAUUGCCCGUGCAGAGCUCUUAAGCUUUGCGAGUAGGAGCUUUGGGCUGUGCAAAAAGACAAUCCCUGCCUUGAGUGGGAAGCUGGUUUAGGAAGGAAGGGCACUGACAUCUUCUGGACCUCAAUUUCCUCAUUUGUAAAGGGAAAGGUUAGACUCGAUGACCUCCAAAAUCCAGCCCUUUGCACAAAAAGAAAGCAGCUUCUGACUUUAAAACUCAUAGCUACAGCUGACAUCUGCUAUUGUCAUUUUGUUAUCGGUCCAUAUUCUAAAUUUAUUCAUCAUUUCCAGUAGCCUAAGAGAGAGUACAUUGAGCAUCUUCUUCCCUCGUGAACGUAACCCAGGGCCAAAGGAAUUCUGAUGUCACAGUAGUCACCUACGUUUUAGCUAGAUUUUUAAUUCUAAAAAAAAAGGAUAGCAAAUUCAAACUCAGUAAGAUUUGGAAUCAGAUCUUUCCAAAAGGUCACCUGAGGUAAGGGUAAGAAUUGCGCUUCCUGUGCUGGGGGUGAGCUGGUGGACGCUUCCUGACAAUGCCUUGGCGUCAGCUCAAAGUGCAAGAAGCCCAGGUGACCGCCAUUGCACAGGGCCCAGGGCGCAUCCUGAGGACUCAGUAACUCUCGCUCCCAAUAGAAUAUACUGUGAAGGUUCUCCAGGCCACGGGCAUCAGUGGGAAAGGAGCAGCUUGAACCGUCUGAUCCAGUCAUCGCUGACCCGCUCAGACCUUGGCUUUGAUGCUGAAAUAAACACACCUGUUUUACCCAAGUCUGGUGGAAAAUGCCCAAUUGCACGACCUUAAAGUGCACUGCGAAGUUGUAGCUGUUCUGCCACUGCCUGCUCUUUGAAAUCUGCCAUUACAGAGACACAUGAAAGGGCAUAGGCCUUUGAACGUGUGGUGUAAGCAGAUCUUUCUUUGGUCAGAGGCCAGGGUUUGAGCCAAGAUGGUAAAUGUGAAAAAUAUCUGUGCAAAGUCUCUUAACCUGACUUCUUAAAGCUGACUUCCUCAUUUUGUAAAUUAUUAGGCAUUAAGUAGCAGCCAAAUAAUCUGAUUUCUAGUAUUAAAUUAUUUACAAAGUAAGCUUCUUUUUGAGAAAACCUAAGUUAGACUAGUAGUUUAUGCCAUAAUAACUGCUGAUUUAUGUAUUUGCUAAAGGUACUUUUGUAUCUGCUGUGUAUUAUAGCAAUAAAAGAAUCAUUUUGUUAG